AUGAGUCCUCACGCCUUCGCCCUCCUCCUCCUCCUCCUGGCCGCCGUCCCAGGGCUGCGGGCGGCCGCAACGUUGGACGAGUCCGGAGGGGGCCGUGUGAGUCCUGGGGCGUCCCUGACCCUGGUCUGCAAGGGCUCUGGAUACACCUUCAGCAGCUUCAGCAUGGGAUGGAUCCGACAGGCGCCCGGGAAAGCGCUUGAAUACGUCGCGGAUAUUACCAGCGAUAGUAGUUGGACAGGCUGCGCGUCAGCGGUGCAGGGACGCUUCACCAUCUCCAGGAACAACGGGCAGAGCACGGCCACCCUGCAGAUGAACAGCCUCAAGGCCGAAGACACCGCCACCUACUACUGCGCGAAAUGUGCUGAUCCGCUGGUAGUGGUUGGUGUGGUGGUAGUGCUGGUAGUGUUGACGGCUGACAAUAUUAACAUCUCCAGCACCAUCAUCAACAUCAUGAAGACCAGCACCAGCACCAUCUUCGUGAUGGUAGACAUGGUGAGUAUGGUGGUAGUGGUUGGAGUGGUGAUAGUGCUCGAAUAUGUAACUGUCAGCAUCACCAGCACCAUUAAGAUCACCGAGACCAUCAUCAACAGCAUGAACACCUUCAUCAACAUCACCAUCGCCAACAGAAUUAACAUCACCAACACCAUUAAGAUCCCAACACCAUUAGCAUCACCGGGACCAUCAUGA